UCUCAAUCUUCCUUCCCUCAUUGGUCGAAGUACUUAUUUAUAGGAAGAUGCUCACUCCACCUUCAAAGCAAGUAGCUUCAUACAACUGUUUAAGUUUAACUGUUAGCUUUGCUUACCCUAAUGCUAAACAAUUAAUAAAUGUCUCUUUCAAAUCUUGUUUCUUGAGAUGAUGUCUUCCUCAAACCCUUUUCCACAGGUUACUUCAAGCAGUCAUUAUGUCUUCCCUCCUUCCAAUCCCUUUCUUGACCAUGAAAAAGAUGAUCUUUACAUCAACAACUUCAACCCAUUUCUCUCAGGGGACUGUUUUCCAGACAAUGAGAAUAAUACUACAAGAAAACAAGAUUUGGUUGAAGAAGUUGGGUUGGAAGAAGAAUGUGAUGAGAAUGAUCAUCUUUUCUGGUCUGUUGUGAAGAACAACAAAGGUUCAAACAAAGAUCAUCAUAGCAAGAUCCACACUGCUCAAGGGCCUAGAGAUAGGAGGGUGAGAUUGUCCAUUGAAGUUGCUAAAAGGUUCUUUUAUCUUCAAGAUUUGUUAGGGUUUGAUAAAGGAAGCAAAACCCUAGAUUGGCUCUUUAACAAGUCCAAGAACUCAAUUGAUGAGUUGAUUAAAAGAAAGAAAGAAAGCUCAUCUUCAAGUCUUACUGACCAACUUGAAGUUGUGUUCCUGGAAACCGACGAACAAGCGAAAGGGCGAAAAAACAAGUGUGGUGAAGGAAAAAGAAAGAAGAUAGCAAGAAAAUGCACAUCUGGAGUUACUGUGAAUCAGUCAAGGGCAGAGGCAAGAGCAAGAGCUAGAGAAAGGACUAAAGAGAAAAUGAAUGUUAAAAAGCUUGAUAAAGAGUCCAAGAGUGCGCCUGUUGACUGCUGUUCUUCAAAUUUAACACUCCAGUCUAGCUUUUGGAACUCAUUUGAGUCACAAAAUGAUUAUAAUGACAAGAUUGGGGAGGCACUUUUGGAAGAUGAUAUCUCAUUACUGUAUAGUUAUCAGCACAAUCUUGCUGUGUCAAAUGAUUCAAGUUCUGAGUUCAAUUGUAUGCCAGAUGUUCAUGAGCAUUGGGGUGGUGACUGUGCAGCCAUUUAGAUCCAUUGGAGGUCUUGGUCAGCCAACAGGCAGCAACAAAGUUCUAGUGAUGGUUUUGUGGAGCUGGAUUGAUAUUGUGAGUGUGUAAGUUCAUACUUAUUGUUGAUAGAUUAACCAACCAACAUGGUUAUGAUUAUUGGUGGUUUGUUUAGUAAUAAGCAAUCUAUCAAUUAAGUUCAUAUAUGCCAUCAAUUUAUAUGAAUAAUAAGUUUAUCUUACUUGCACAAUCUCUAUAAAUUUGAUUGAAAACCUAAAGUACAACCUGAUUUGGGUCAAUGUUCUUGAACUAGCUUGUGGGUUCUUUUGUUUGAUACCUUAGUUAAGCAGGGAACUUAGGGUUCCACCCUUCUUUAAAGAUCAAAACUUUUUGUACAUUAUUGGGAAUACUAUGCUUGUAGCAGUUUUACUUUUAUCUGAAGUAUAAAUCACUAUACAUCUUGGAUUAAAGAAGUAUUCAAAUCUCCUUUAUCCCCCCUUGGGUUUGAUUUUGUUUAUGAAUAUGUAUUACAUUAGAACUGACCGAUCCCGGGGCUAAAAUCGAAAUUUAGAUUUGGGAUUUUUUUUGGCUGGGACUAUCCGGACACCGCCUGCGCCUAUUUUCACACUUUUUCAAACCUAGACGCCUCGUAUAGCUCUAUACGAGGCGUACAUGCACUGAAUUCGAUGGCUGGCAAUGUUUGAGAUUUGUGGUUUACGGAAGGGCAAUGUUUUUUAUUUUCUUAUGCAUAAUGCGUGACCUAAACCUGAACAGUACAUUAAAUAAUAAUUUCUGUUUUGUACAUCGGUCCUGCACACUUUAACUACCAAAAUAUAAUCAGAAAGAUAUGGUAUGGGUUAAAUAUUUUAUAAUGGAUUAACAUAUAUUUUGUUAGAACACAUGUCCUUCUCAGUCCUUUGUUCUUCGAAGUGGAUGCUUGUAGUUCUUAAUUAUAUAAACAUGAUCCAAGUAGACAUUUGAUAUUAUCUGCUGAUACCCAACUCAAAAUCUUUUUCUUCUUGUUAAAAUGUUCUUCACAAAGGCUUAUGCGGUGGACUAAAUGAACAUCUAUCUUCAAUAUGUUGGCUUUGGUUACUAUUGCACAAGUCCAUCAACAUUGUCUAUUGAUCAUACCUCUUGUUGUUACUUUAGUAGUUCAUUGUAGUUCCUGAUUACGAUGCAUGAAUGUACUUGGCUGCCAACAACAUAUUAGAGAGAGAGAGAGAGAGAGAGAGAGAGAGAGAGGGGAGAGCUUGGGGAACACAAAGAAACAUGAAGGGAGUUGCAGAAUGGGUGUUAAGUGUACUGUGAUUAUAUGUGAGUUGUCAUUUCUGUUAUAUAGUUCUCCGUGCACAAGGAUGAUUAGUGAGAGUUUCAAGUUUCAAUUAACAUUUAACAGCUAAGGACACAUCUGCGAAGCCAUAGCUAGUUAAAAUAGCCGUUUAUGACUCAAGCCGUAACCUUCAAACGACUGUUUGGUGCAACAUCAAGCGACACCCGUUUGAAUAUGAUGUGGGAUUAGAGCAUCACAAUAGAGUUGUUUUUUGGGCGUUUUUGAGGAGAGAGUGAGGUGAAUGUGGCACCCCAAAAACACACCCACAAAAAAACUCUAUUGUGGGUGGACUUAGAUAGUCAAUGCCGUGUGUACAACUUCAAACGGCUGUUUAAAAACGGUGUGGAAUUAAAUUGUCAGUGGCAUGUAUGUAUAGCGGGCCCCUUGCAAAAAGAACCUUAUGGCUGUUUCUAA